GCUGGCCUCUGACGGCCCUCCAUUGAGAAAUCCCCUCGGAUGUUGCCUCUCGGAGCUGCGGGGGAUGUAGCGCCCAGCGUCGGCCUUGUGACUCCACCACCCGCCGCUCCCGCCAGGGGGAGACUGCUGCCAGAUGGAGGACUUUUAUGACCAGCAGGUCCCUUUCCUGGGCCCCGAGAGCAGCUCUGCAGGAGAGCAGGACCCGCCUCUGACUGACAGGCGGACCAAGGUCUUGGAGGCGGAGCUAGCUCAGGACACAGAAGAGCUUUUUCAGGAUUUGAGUCAACUCCAAGAAAUCUGGAUAGCAGAAGCCCAGGUUCCAGAAGACGAGCAGUUUGUUCCAGAUUUCCAGUCCAGCAACUUGAUGGGUCAUGGACCUGUGGUCAAAGUGAAGCGGGAGUCCAGCCCCCCCAGAGGUGCCUCCCCAUGCCGGAGAGCGGACGCCUGCCUUCACCUGUACAGAGGCCGCAACAAGCCAAGUCUGACUCCGCCCGCUCCGCCAAUACACCGCAGCUCUGCCCACCAUGCUGGGCCCCCGCCGUUCUCCCCCCACCUGAGCAGCGGUGCUCCCUGCCCCCCUCAGCAGCACCCUCAGACCCACCAGGGGGCAUUCGCCCUGCCGUGCCCCCCCAGCAGCUGUCCCCGAGGGUCUUUUAGCUCAGAGCACAGAUUCCAGCGCCAGCUGUCCGACCCCUCCCUGCCCUUCUCGGACAAUUCCUCCAGCGCUCCGUACCACCCGGCGAGCCGUGACCCCCGCCCCCUCUACCAACGCCACCUGUCAGAGCCCCCGGCCCCCCGUGCCGCCCCAGCUUUCAAGCAAGAGCUGGUGGACCCACGUUACCCAGAUCCUGCCGGUCCGGAUCCGGCCCAGACCGCUUUAAGCCGCGUCUUCAUCAAACAGGAACCGCGAGAUUUUGACUUUGGUCCAGAGGUCCAAACCUGCCAGUCCUACAGGAAGUCUUCAGUUCUGUUCCCACAGAACCCUCCAGGGUUUCCUCCCAGAGAGUCCGGUCUGUCCCUGGAUGACACCUGUGUGGUUCCAGAGAGACUUGAAGGUAGAGGGAAGCAGGGGGGGCUGCCGUACCAGCGGCGGGGGUCCCUGCAGCUCUGGCAGUUCCUGCUGACGCUGCUGGACAACCCGGGCAACGCUCACCUGAUCGUGUGGACGGGCCGCAACAUGGAGUUCAAGCUGAAUGACCCCGAGGAGGUGGCCCGGCUCUGGGGUGUCCAGAAGAACCGUCCGGCCAUGAACUACGACAAGCUGAGUCGCUCGCUGCGGUACUACUACGAGAAGGGCAUCAUGCAGAAGGUAAAGGUGGCUGGGGAACGCUACGUCUACAAGUUCGUCUGCAACCCCGAGGCGCUUUUCUCCAUGGCCUUCCCGGAACACCAAAGGCCCUGCCUGAAGGCGGAGCUUCCCCCCGGGGAGGAGGAGGGCCUCCCCCUGCCCGGAUACGAGGAGGAGGGGCCUUACCUGGUGGACGGGGCGGAGCAAUGCAUGCAGGCGCUGACCUUCCCCGACAUCUACCCAAACUAGAGCUGAGCGGUGCGCAGCGGCCUGAAAGACUCUUAUUCUGAAGGGCGUGCACACUUCCUCGCCGUGUCGUAGGUGAAAGGUCACGCAUCCCUGAGCGUCUGGACGGAAGCUGCUGUUCAACCAACAUGCUCUAAGAACGGUGUUUUAUUUUGAAAAUUGAAACAAUCUAAAAACAAUUUUAAAUCAAACCAAGUCAUUGUCAUUUUCAAAAUAAAAGCUCGUUGUCCAACAGAGUUGUACUUUUCUAGCUGCAGACGUUUUUACCGUUUGAAAAAGUUCUCAUCUGCUCCAAAACAGCCACCAAAGUGUAUUUUGGAGAUGUAGCUUCCAGCCUUAAAGGAGGCGGCGCUGUCAUGGUGUGGGCUUUCCACUCUGGGAUCUGUUUGUUCCCAAAAAGCAUCUCAAAGCCAUGAGGACUUUUCUGAACUUCCAGUCCCACACAGACACAUGAGUUGGUUUGGUUCUCCUGUGUUCUGCAGCAGAGACGUUUUCCUGAACUUGUUGAUGACUAAAGUUCUGCUGGGAUUUUUCCUCUUCCAAACAGAACCAGAACCUUUUGUAGAGCUGCUUGCUUCAGUGUGUAGAGGAGUGUUUGAUUCUCACAUCUGGAUCUAUUUUUGCUAAAGGUGCUAUUUGCUCGUGACCCCCCCCCCCCCCCCCCCUGAGGAUGUCUUUCUGUAUUUGUGCUUCUGUUCAUCAUUGAUUUAAUAAACCUUUCCUCUUUUCA